ACACUUAUCAAUUAGCGCGUUUAUGGCGGUCCCCCGGCCCCGAAAACCCCCUAGAUGCUCGUCCCGUGAACAUAUUUAUUUUCUCUCGCCACACGGAAAACUUCCACGGGCUUCAGUCUGUCGAUUCGCUCGGAGGCGGUCUGUACGCACAAUUUGGCGGAGGAAACGGCAAGGUCAAGCAAGGUCUUUCUUUCGGCCUACGAAUAAUCCAAAUUGUACUCGUGUGUGAGGGUGGUGAAAGGAGAAAGCAAGAGAAAUGGCUCAGGUGCGACUGCUGGUACAGGGAGUUCGGCGGGGACUACUCAAUGUGGGCGUAGCCACGCCCCACGAAUCUGCCGCCCAGGUGGCGACCCAAAAACGAAACAGCUCGACGACCCGCGGAGAUUAUGAUCUGGUUGUGGUUGGUGGUGGUAUUGUGGGCGCUGCCUCUGCCCGAGAAAUUCUCCUGCGUCAUCCUUCCCUGAAAGUGGCUGUGUUGGAGAAGGAGUCAAAGCUGGCAAAGCACCAGAGUGGACACAACUCCGGAGUCAUCCAUGCUGGCAUUUAUUAUAAGCCUGGAACCCUAAAAGCACGCCUUUGUGUGGAGGGCAUGCAUUUGGCUUACGCUUAUUUGGAUGAGCAUAAGAUCCCAUACAAGAAGACCGGCAAACUGAUUGUGGCCACAGAUGAGAAAGAGGUGAAGUUGCUGGAGGACCUGGAGAAGCGUGGCAUUGCCAACAACGUUCCGGACCUAAAAAUGAUCGAAGGUAGUGAGAUUCAGGAUAUCGAACCUUAUUGCCAGGGACUAAAGGCCCUCCACAGUCCUCACACCGGAAUAGUUGACUGGGGAUUGGUUACGGAGCAUUAUGGCCAGGAUUUCAAACGGUCCGGUGGUGAUAUCUUCCUGGAUUUCAAUGUCAGCAAGUUCAGCGAAACCAAGGAGGGCACCGAUUACCCGGUGACCAUACAUGGAGCUAAGCCCGGACAGACGGUUCGCACUAAGAACGUCCUGACCUGCGGUGGAUUGCAAUCCGAUCUGCUGGCUGAGAAGACAGGAUGCCCAAGAGAUCCCCGGAUUGUGCCGUUCCGCGGGGAAUACUUGCUGCUGACCAAGGAGAAACAGCAUAUGGUCAAGGGUAACAUUUAUCCAGUGCCAGACCCACGCUUCCCCUUCCUGGGAGUUCAUUUUACACCGCGCAUGGACGGAUCCAUCUGGCUGGGGCCAAAUGCCGUACUGGCGCUUAAACGAGAGGGUUACACCUGGGGUGACAUUAAUAUUUUCGAACUAUUCGACGCUCUGCGCUAUCCGGGCUUUGUUAAGAUGGCCAGUAAAUACAUCGGCUUCGGGCUAAGCGAGAUGUCCAAGUCGUGGUUCAUCAACCUGCAGAUCAAGGCGUUGCAAAAGUAUAUCCCGGACAUUACGGAGUACGACAUCCAGCGCGGACCCGCGGGAGUGCGUGCCCAGGCUAUGGAUCUGCAGGGCAACCUAGUGGACGACUUUGUCUUUGAUCGAGGAGAGGGAUCAGGAGCGCUGGCCAAGCGGGUUCUCCACUGCAGGAAUGCACCAUCGCCAGGUGCGACCAGCAGUUUGGCUAUCGCCAAGAUGAUCGCCGACAAGAUCGAGACUGAGUUCUCUAUCGGCAAGUGAUACCGAAUAUCUUAACAAAAAUCCAAGCAAUAGUCCAAACUCGUCUGCAAAUCACAUUAUGUCCAAAGUUAUGCUUUUAUGGAGUGUCAGUCACGUGCUGCUCUGCCUAUCUUGCAUUUUGUUUAGUAAAUUUUAUAUAUAUUUCGUAUUAAAAUUAAAAAUGUAAGAAGUUUUUUGA